AUGGAGUCCAACCUGCAGGGCCCCUUCCUGCUGAACAACACGCCGCUGGCCCAGUUCUCGGAGAUGAAGGCACCUGUGUGCCAGUACGCCAUGCAGAACUCCUUCUACAAGCUCAGCCCCCCGGGCUUGGGCCCCCAGCUGCCGGCCGGGACCCCCCACGGCAUCACGGACAUCCUGAGCAGGCCCGUGGCCGCUCCCAACAGCAGCCUCCUGCCCGGCUACCCCCACGUGGCCGGCUUCAGUGGCCUCGGCUCCCAGGGGGUCUACUACGGCCCCCAGGUAGGGAGCUUCUCCAAGGCGGGGAGCGAGUACCCCACCCGGACCCGGAACUGCUGGGCGGACGCGGGCCAGGACUGGCGAGGCGGGCGGCAGUGCAGCAGCACCGCGGACCCCUUGGGCGACAGCAUCCACAAGAAAAAGCACACCCGGCCCACCUUCACGGGCCACCAGAUCUUCGCCCUGGAAAAGACCUUCGAGCAGACCAAGUACUUGGCUGGCCCCGAGAGGGCGCGGCUGGCGUACUCCCUGGGGAUGACCGAGUCGCAGGUCAAGGUGUGGUUCCAGAACCGAAGGACCAAGUGGCGGAAGAAGAGCGCCCUGGAGCCCUCGUCGUCCACGCCGCGGGCCCCGGGCAGCGCGGGCGCGGGCGGGGAGCGCGCGGCCUCGGAGACCGAGGACGACGAGUACAACAAGCCCCUGGACCCCGACUCGGACGACGAGAAGAUCCGGCUGCUGCUGCGCAAGCAUCGCGCCGCCUUCUCGGUGCUCGGCCUGGGCGCGCACGGCGUCUGAC